AUGAAGCCGCUCCGGCGCUUCAGCUUCACUCUGUGGACUCUCCUGGUAUUCAGCGCUCUCCUCCCGUGGCUGGAGCCCAUGGGUGUGGGCGUGUGCGCGUUCAACCGCGAUUUCCACCAGCAUCAUGAGGAAGCUCUGAUGGCAGGGCACGGAGUACAGCGAUGGGUAUCUGCUGCCAGCAGCUGUGCGGCUCUGCAGCGCAGUGAGAGUCGAUACAACCACAGUAACAACUCUAGCUGCAACCACCACAACUACCGCAACUACAUCUGCAGCUACUACCACGGCAACACUUUCUCCUACAACCACAACAGUUCAACUUUCACCACUGCACCAGCAACUUUCACCACUGCACCAGCAACUUUCACCACUGCACCAGCAACUUCAACCACUGCAGCAACAACUUUAACUGCUACACCAACAACUUUAACCGCUUCACCAGCACCUUUAACCACUGCACCAGCAACUUCAACCGCUGCACCAGCAACUUCAACCGCUGCAUCAGCAACUUCAACCGCUGCACUAGCAACUUCAACCGCUGCAUUAGCAACUUCAACCACUGCACUAGCAACUUCAACCACUGCACCAACUUCAACCGCUGCACUAGCAACUUCAACCGCUGCAUCAGCAACUUCAACCACUGCACUAGCAACUUCAACCGCUGCAUCAGCAACUUCAACCACUGCACCAACUUCAACCGCUGCACCAACAACUCCAGCCGCUGCACCAACAACUCCAGCCGCUGCACUAGCAACUUCAACCACUGCACUAGCAACUUCAACCACUGCACUAGCAACUUUAACCACUGCACCAGCAACUUCAACCACUGCACUAGCAACUUUAACCACUGCACCAGCAACUUCAACCACUGCACUAGCAACUUUAACCACUGCACCAGCAACUUUAACCACUGCACCAACAACUUCAGUCACUGCACUAGCAACUUUAACCACUGCACCAACAACUUCAACUGCUGCAUCAGCAACUUCAACCACUGCACUGGCAACAUCAAACACUGCACCAACAAUAACAGCAACCACAAUAACAGCUGCCCCUACAACCACAUUAACCACAAUAACUGACAUCUCUACAACCAUGACAGCUGAACCAUCAACAAUGACAGCUGAAACAUCAACCAUGACAGCUGAACCAUCAACAAUGACAGCUGAACCAUCAACAAUGACAGCUGAACCAACAACCACGACAGCUGAACCAACAACUACAAUUAAGGCACCUGGAAAUGUGGCGAAUCUCAGUGUGGAAAGUGUCACAACAUCCUCUGUGAAAGUGACCUGGAGCAAAAUGGAUAAUGCAAGCUACCGAGUAUACUGGACAAAAGGAGAAAUUACAAAAAAUGAAACAGUAACACAAAACUUCAAAAACAUCACAGGACUAGAUCCUGGGGUUCAGUACAAUAUAAGUGUUACUGCUGUUGCAUCUGAUAAUGUCACUGAAGGAACGCCUGACACGACGUCUGCCUACACAAAACCUGAAGCAGUGAUCAGUCUUGCUGUCACUGGUAUAACAACAACCUCUGUGUCUUUGAGCUGGACUAAACCUCAGGGGAAAAGACUGAUUUAUACAGUAAAGUGGGAAAAUGAUAACAAAGAUUUGAGUGCAAAUGAGACUCAGGCGACUGUGACUGAUCUGACUCCUGGAGAGAUCUACUGUUUUAAUGUCACAGCUGUGGCUGGAGACAACAAAACAGAGAGUGAUGAGAGAAUCAUUUGUCAAUAUACAAGUAAGAUAAUGAGCCUGCUUUCAAUUGUCACACCUUGAGGAGUUUGUGCUUCAUUCUUUGGUUUUCAAAUGUUUGCAACAUACUGAUUUCUGC